GCCAAGGAAAAGUCACUUCAAUUCAUCGUCUGGAUCGUACGAUCAGUCUACCUUCCUUUCAUCGGACGGUCCACAUUUACUCCAUUUUCCGGUCGCCGGCUUAAAGAACGAUUUCGAUUCAACCGGAGGGAAUUUGGUUUUUUUAUUAACGUUCAAAUUUUUUGCUUUAAACGUACGUUUCAAAUUCAAGAAGAAGCUUUAAAGAAGAAACAGAGCAAGAACAAAAAAAACAGACCUUUAAGGAGUGUUUUAAGAUUUUAAAGAUGGAGAAUUUAUCGAAUCCAGAUGAAAACGACGAUCAUCAAUCACCUAGAUCCAUUGACCAAAAUGAUCAAUCAGCAGUAGAAACUCCGGUUUACUCGACGAUGAGCAUAGAUUCCUUUGUUUACCCUCGAACUUGUUCAGAGACCACUUCAGGGUUUUCAGACCAGAUAGAUGAAACCAACAGCUUCUGUAGUGAAGCUUCUCCUUGUAACUGGCCUGUCCUUACUGAAUCUAAGAGCUCCAAAUGUCUCUCUGGUUUAGAGAUGCAAUCAAAUGAAUGUCUUGUAGUCCAAGAAAUUUCUGAACCAGAACUUGAGACAAUGAAGGAAAGAUUCGCUAAGCUUCUACUUGGAGAAGAUAUGUCAGGGAGUGGUAAAGGAGUUUGCACUGCAGUGACUAUCUCAAACGCAAUUACCAAUCUUUAUGCUACAGUGUUUGGACAGAAUCUGAGGUUAGAGCCGUUAGAAACAGAGAAGAGAGCAUUGUGGAAGAGAGAAAUGAAUUGUCUUUUAUCUGUAUGCGAUUACAUUGUCGAAUUCAUCCCUAGAUGUCAGAAUCUAAGCAAUGGAGCUACUGUUGAGGUGAUGGAGAGUAGACCAAGAGCAGAUAUCUAUAUCAACUUGCCUGCAUUGAGAAAGCUAGAUUCAAUGCUUAUGGAAGCAUUGGAUAGUUUUCAGAACACAGAGUUUUGGUAUGCAGAAGAAGGAAGUUUAUCGAUGAAAUCAGCUCGUUCUUCGACUGGAUCAUUCAGGAAAGUUAUAGUACAAAGGAAAGAAGAGAAAUGGUGGUUACCAGUUCCUCUAGUACCAUCAGAAGGUUUGUCAGAUAAAGCCAGAAAACAACUCAAGAACAAGAGAGAAAGUACCAAUCAGAUUCAUAAAGCUGCAAUGGCUAUCAACAGUAGCAUUCUCAGUGAAAUGGAGAUUCCAGACUCUUACAUGACAACUCUUCCAAAGGUUUUUUUUUUUGUUACCUUCAUUCAUUCAUACCUACUAGGAAUUUUGAAGUUUUGAGUCUAAUUAUGGAUGUACAAUCUCUACAUGCAGUGUGGUAAAAGCAGUGUUGGAGAUUCAAUUUACCGUUACAUGAGUGGUUCUGGUCGGUUUUUCCCAGAGCAACUCUUAGAUUGUCUGAACAUAUCUUCCGAACAUGAAGCUGUUCAGUUAGCAGAUAGAGUAGAAGCUUCGAUGUACACAUGGAGACGCAAAUCUUGUCUUAGUAACUCCAAGAACUCAUGGAACAUGGUGAAAGAUCUUAUGUCAACUACAGAGAGAACAGACAAGAACUAUGUUAUGGCUGAGAGAGCUGAGACUCUCCUCUUCUGUUUGAAACAGCGUUAUCCAGAAUUGUCUCAGACAUCAUUAGAUAUAUGCAAGAUUCAGUACAAUAAGGAUGUUGGAAAAGCUGUGUUGGAGAGCUACUCAAGAGUACUUGAAGGUUUAGCUUUUAACAUAGUUGCUUGGAUUGAUGAUGUUCUCUAUGUAGACAAAACCAUGAGAGGUAGUGAAUAAAGUUGUACGUACUAGACUUUUGACAAGAGUUCUAUGUUUCUGUUUCCCUCUCUUGUAAAGUAAAA